AUGCACGCAUGUGCGGCUUGCCAGCUCAAAGCAAAUUGCAAAAAACCGGCACGUGGUGCGCAAAUUCAUGUAGCCAAAAGUUUCUGUAGCCAGAGUUUCUCUUCGUUGUUCCGCUCGAUGACUAGUAUAGAUCUCGACACGUGGGGCGCCGAUGUGUUGCAGUACGGCGUACUCAUCGUGUUGCUAUCUCUCUGCAGUGCUUUCUUCUUUUUCUACUUUCGAGUGUGGCAUUUGGUCACACGAGAAAAACAGGUUGUGAAGAGCAAGAGUCAAUUGUUGACGGUGGUUAUAGCAGCGUUGAUCGUUUGUCUUAAUUUGCAACUUUGGUACCGGUUUUCCGAGUCUUUUCAUUCCAGUGAUACCAUAGCAAACUAUAGUGUUCUUCAUGCCAAAUUGACAUCUUUCAAUGUUACUGGAUACUCGUUUGCAGAAGCCAACUCUCCCAAACAAAUCAAAGAUUUCCAGUGUGAUUCGGUCAAAUUCACAGAUACGUUGUUUGUGACCGAACCAACACCGUUCAGUAGUUCGUUGAAAAGAAUCAGAGACGAACUUUCUCGAAUUGCUCAGGAUGAUUAUCCCAUCGCAGAAAACUGUUUUCUCGACAAGGAAGGAGAAGACGAAAAAUCCAUCUUGGCUCAUAAAUGGUUUCAUUUUUGCGGAAGCAGCGUAUGGCUUGAAAAGUACCAGGUACAUUUCAUGGUCAGUAGGGUAUUGUAUACCCAUCGAGGAACCAGAAACAAGCCCACCAUCAACAUGAUAUACAUGCAAGUGUUCGACAAGAACUGGGUUGAACAGUUUGAUGUCAAGCUUGGAGAUUCAGAUACUGCGUUCCCAUCGAUUCUCAAGGUUGACAUUGACCAGUCUCCCAACACCGCCAAGCAUAGACUUGCACUUAUGGGUCCCGAGGAUCCUCGAGUAUCGGUACGUGAGUUUUACAAAGAUGGAGAACUCCAACAGGAACCGGUAGUUAUUUUCAACAUGAGAAGCACAAAGAUUAAAUGGUUCCGUGCAAUGCACAUGUGUCGGCCAUUAAGUGAUGGGAAAACUGUUCGACUUUCGCUUCGAGACAGAGCACCAGAAUUCAGAGAGAAAAACUGGGCACCUUUUUUCGACAAAAAUGAUCCCAAAAAGGUGUUUUUCGUGUACAACUUUAACCCAUUGAGAAUCAUCGGAUGCAGCCUUGAUAAGGGGAUAUGCGACAAACUAGCAGGCCCUGAGUUCGGAGAAGAUUCAAAAGAACAUGUGGGUUCUUUGAGAGGUGGAACUAACUUGGUACCUAUUCCCUCAGAAGUUUUACCUGAAUCUCUCCAAAAUCGAAUGUACUGGUUUGGUAUAGCACGUUCACAUUCUUCCCAGUGUGGGUGUCUUGGCGAGAUAUACCGACCACACUUAUUUAUUAUAUCCAAGGGAGAAAACGACUAUGCCAUGGACUAUAUCAGUUCUCUCGUCGACUUCAACAUACGAACAGAACCAUGGAAUCCUUCGAAGUCGAUUUGCGAUGAUGGAAAGAGUGUAUUGAUACCGAACAGUAUAUCGUACUGGGAUGUGGGAGACGAAGAACGGAUGGGGAUAGUGUUCUCUGAAGCCGACAGAACGAACAAAAUAAUUCAUGUCAAUGGGAUGAUGAAGCAUGUUCUCAACGUCUUGAAUAAUGGCCGUAAUGUUGAAACUGACGAAAGAAAAAAGGAAAAUGCUCUUUUGGGAAGAUGCUCGACAUCCAAGGUGGCAGAGUACUGUGAACUGACUGCAAAAAAGCAGCAUUGGAAUAUGGAACCACCAAAAAAUUUGCACGAGGUUGACGAUGAUUUUGAUUAA